GAAAGUGCUGCUGCGGAAGCGCGGUGAGGCCGGCGGCGGCGCAGGAGGAAGCCGGCUGAGGAGGCUGGUGGAAGCUGCAGGGCCUGUCGGGCCUGUGGGGCCGCGGAGGAGGCCAUGGGCCGCCUGCACUGCACGCAGGACCCGGUGCCCGAGGCCGUGGGCGGCGACAUGCAGCAGCUAAAUCAGCUGGACGCGCAGCAGUUCUCAGCCCUGACAGAAGUGCUUUUCCACUUCUUAACUGAGCCCAAAGAGGUGGAAAGGUUUCUGGCUCAGCUCUCUGAAUUUGCCACCACCAAUCAGAUGGGUCUCGGACCCCUCAGAAGCAUCGUGAAAAGCCUCCUUCUGGUUCCAAAUGGUGCUUUGAAGAAGAGUCUCACAGCCGAGCAGGUCCGGGCUGAUUUCAUAACUCUGGGUCUUAGUGAGGACAAAGCCACUUAUUUUUCUGAAAAGUGGAAGCAGAAUUGCCAUACCCUUGCUCGAUGGGCCAUAGGUCAGACUCUGAUGAUUAACCAGCUUAUAGAUAUGGAGUGGAAAUUUGGAGUGACAUCUGGGAGCAGCGAAUUGGAGAAAGUGGGAAGUAUUUUUUUACAAUUAAAGUUGGUUGUUAAAAAAGGAAACCAAACUGAAAAUUUGUAUAUAGAAUUAACCUUGCCUCAGUUCUACAGCUUCCUACAUGAAAUGGAGCGUGUCAGAACCAGCAUGGAGUGUUUCAGCUGAUUUCUGUCCCCCUACAUCUCCACCUUGCCCCUUUUCCUUCCCUGGGUGACUGCUCUGAGAGGCACUUCACCCCCAGGCCUGUUGGUUGUUCCGUUUUGCCUCCCUUGGUUCUUGGGCGCCCAGGUACAAAAGUUUGGGUGGGGGUGGGGUGGGGGGUUCAGGGACCAAAAAACAUCAACAGGAUUAAGUUCUUUAAAAGCCCUACACAAUCAUCCUUUAAACACCACUGUUAAGGGAACCACCACCUAAGUCCCAGGAUACUUUUUAGAUAUUCAAACAGACUAUUGCUUCUCUGAUUCAGGAGAGAAAAUAAGUUGAGUCAUUUUGACACCAGCCCAUCAAAGCUCCAGAGUCAGCAAAUGGUGCCAUCACCAGCCAUAUACCCAGACCACCCCACCCCCAUCCCCAGUAAAGGAAGAGCUCAUUAAUGGCUGAGGAAGAGGCAGCCUUUAUGUAAAUGGCGCUUAUGGAGAGCCCCAACGAUCUCUACACUCUUAUAUUGGUGGUCAGGGUGCAUUGCCUAUCUGUUUUAAUGGGACGUCUGUGUAUUAUACAUGAUUGGUCUUUUCUGAAAAGAAUUGAGGCAGAACUCCGUCCCCAGUUCUGGUUUUGCCCUGUUGUAUUAUUAUAAAGCAGGCCUUUUGAGGCUAGUUAAGCCUAUUUUGGUUGAAGCUGACCUUCUCUUUUGGAAGGUAAUGAAUAAAAAAGUUUCUGAAGAAAA